AUGUUAUUAAAUAACUUAUCCUCAUCGAUAAAAGCCAAUUUUAGUCCGAUAACAUCUCUGAUAAAUUGUAAAAAUAAACGUUUAAACAUUGACUUCAAAAAAGUAGAAUUUAAUCUCAUUCAACAAAGAUAUGCUACAAAAAAAGCGGCGGGUUCCACUCAAAAUGGUCGAGAUUCACCCGGUAAAAGACUAGGCGUAAAAAAAUUUGGAGGCGAAUUCGUUGAAAUUGGGAAUAUCCUUGUUCGACAACGUGGGACUAAAUAUCAUCCGGGAGAAAAUCCGGGAUGGGUGCAAUUCUAUAUGGAUUCAAAACGUAAGAAAAAAUGUAUUGGAGUUGUGUUAGAUCCGAAUGAUAAAUUACCAAGACCACCUACUGAACCAAGAAGACGUAGAUUCGAUUUGAUAGACAUUACGCAAUAUCAUGAGGAAUUGCAUAAAUCUAGAGAAAUUGCUAUUUCAAAGAAAUAA